AUGCAUAGACCGGGGGAGCCGGGGCGGCGCCGGACGCGGAGCGUGGAGGUGGCGCGGGGUCGAGCGGGCUACGGCUUCACGCUCUCCGGCCAGGGGCCCUGCGUGCUCAGCUGCGUCAUGAGGGGCAGCCCCGCGGACCUGGUGGGCCUGCGCGCCGGGGACCAGAUCCUCGCCAUCAAUGACGUCAGCGUGAAGAAGGCCUCGCACGAGGACGUGGUGAAGCUCAUAGGGAAGUGUGCGGGGGUCCUGCACAUGGUGGUUGGCGAGGGUCUCGGCCACCUGGAGCCCUGCUCCAGCGACGAAGAGCUCGGCUGCUGUGAGGGUAAGGGCUGGCUGAAGCCCAAGCUCGACUCGAAAGCCUUAGGGAUAAACCGAGCGGAGCGGGUCGUUGCCGACAUGCAAUCGGGGGGCAUCUUCAGCAUGAUAUUCGAGAACCCUGGUGUGUGCGCGGGGCCGCCAGAGCCCUUCAAGCCCAAACAGAGACCCCUUUCAGAGCCGGCGGCUGCGCGACUGGACGGGGGAGCGGAACGCAGCGAUAGCCCCCACCCCAGCAGGCUUUCCAAGGAGGAAAUCGCUCAGAUGAUCCCCGACGCCUCGGCCUUCGGCGUGGGGCUGGAGCACCAGGAUGACCUUGCAGUGGACGCGAGCAUCCUCAACGUCGCCAUGGUCGUGGGUUACCUGGGCUCCAUCGAGCUGCCCUCUGCCACCUCUAGCCUCGAGUAUGACAGUUUGCAGGCCAUCCGGGGCUGCAUGCGGCGCUUACGGGCGGAACAGAAGAUCCACUCGUUGGUGACCAUGAAGAUCAUGCACGACUGUGUCCAGCUGUGCAGUGACAAGGCCGGGGUGCUGGCCGAGUACCCCGCGGAGAAGCUGGCCUUCAGCGCCCUGUGCCCGGACGACCGGCGCUUCUUCGGGCUGGUGACCAUGCAGACCAGCGACGAUGGGCGCCUGGCUCAGGAUGAGGACGGGGCCCUGCGGACGUCCUGCCACGUGUUUAUGGUGGACCCCGACCUGUUCAAUCACAAGAUCCACCAGGGCAUUGCGAGGCGCUUCGGCUUUGAGUGCACCGCGGACCCGGACACCAACGGCUGCCUGGAGUUCCCGGCCUCCUCGCUGCCGGUGCUGCAGUUCGUCUCGGUGCUGUACAGGGACAUGGGCGAGCUCAUCGAAGGGGUGCGGGCCCGCGCCUUCCUGGACAACGACGUGGACGCUCACCAGAACAAUAGCACCAGCAGCAACAGCGACAGCGGCAUCGGCAACUUCAACCAGGAGGAGAAGAGCCCCCGCGUCCUCAUGGUGGACCUGGGGGGCGGCGCCAGCAAGCACGCCCCCGGCGGCGGCGGUGGUGUGGGCGGGAGGGGGCCCCACCCCUGGGCCCCCCCCUGGAACGGUGCCAUCUGCCACGAUCAGGAGGGGAGCUCCCCCUUUGAGGGACCGCCGCAGACCGACUGGUUCCGAGAUGUCCACAAGCACGUGGGAGCGGGCGCCCACGCGGAGCUCCCAGCAGCCGCUCUGCGGAGCUCCGUACCCCCAGCCAAGCGCAGCGCAGUGGGCACCCGCUGCGGCUCUCAGCAGAGAUGGCUCCCGGUCCAUGUCCUCCAGGAGUGGCAGUGUGGCCAGGCCAGUGACCAGGAGUCCUACACUGACUCCACCGACGGGUGGUCCAGUGUCAACUGCGGCACACUGCCCCCACCAAUGAGCAAGAUCCCAGCUGACCGCUACAGGAUGGAGGGCAGCUUUGGGCAGAAGAGUGAGUGGUCCAGGAGGGCCUUCGGGGUGCCCAACAUCUUCGGUCCUCAUCGAAACGUCAGGAAGACUAAGGAUGACAAAAAGGGUUCGAAACCUGGCUGUGGCGUUGGAUUCGCUCACACUUCUCAGCGGACGUCUGCCCGGAGAUCUUUUGGGAGAGCCAAGAGGUUUAGCAUCACUCGUUCACUGGAUGAUCUUGAGUCUGCGACGGUGUCCGACGGUGAGCUGGACGGUGGUGACCUCAAGGACUGCGUGAGCAACCAUAGCCUUAGCAGCAAUGCCAGCCUUCCCAGCGUGCAGAGCAGCAGGCACCUGCGUGCCCGGCGUGUCGCCAGCUGGGCUGUGUCCUUUGAGCGCCUCCUCCAGGACCCCAUUGGCGUGAAGUACUUUUCUGAUUUCCUGAGGAAGGAGUUCAGUGAGGAGAACAUUUUGUUCUGGCAAGCUUGUGAAUACUUCCACCAUGUCCCAGCACACGACAAGAGAGAGCUCUCCUACAGGGCCCGCGAGAUCUUUAGUAAGUUCUUGUGCAGCAAAGCUACCACCCCGGUCAACAUUGAUAGCCAGGCCCAGCUGGCGGACGACAUCCUCAACGCCCCGCACCCCGACAUGUUCAAGGAGCAGCAGCUGCAGAUUUUCAACCUGAUGAAGUUUGACAGCUAUACGCGCUUCCUCAAGUCGCAGCUCUACCAGGAGUGCAUUCUGGCCGAAGUGGAGGGCCGCUCACUGCCCGACGCGCAGCAGGUGCCCAGUAGUCCGGCCUCCAAACACAGUAUGGGCUCGGACCACUCCAACGUCUCCACACCCAAGAAGCUAAGUGGAAAGUCAAAAUCUGGAAGAUCCCUGAAUGAAGACUUGGAGGAGGAGGACAGUGAGAAGAAGCGCAAGGGGGCGUUUUUCUCCUGGUCAAGAAACCGGAGCACAGGGCGCUCCCAGAAGAAGAAGGACCAUCCCCAGGAGCCUCUUCAUGCCAAUGGAGGCCUGUGCCGCACAGAGUCCCAGGGCUCAGCGUCCUCCACAGGGAGCCUGGACCUGGCAGAGGCCUGCAGGGCCCCGGCACCAGAGCAGGAGAAGGCCAAGCACUGCCGUGUCCACCUCCCCGAUGGCACGGCUUGCAUGGUGCCCGUCAGGGCGGGCGCCUCCAUUAAAGAGGCCCUGGCUGGGCUCUGUGAACGGCAGGGCAUCAAUGGUGCAGCUGUGGAUCUCUUCCUGGUCGGCGGGGACAAGCCUCUGGUGCUGCAGCAGGACAGCAGCAUUUUGGAGUCCCGGGACCUACGGCUGGAGAAACGCACUGUCUUUCGGCUGGACCUGGUCCCCAUUAACCGGUCAGUGGGACUUAAGGCCAAGCCCACCAAGCCAGUCACAGAGGUACUGCGGCCCGUGGUGGCCAAGUAUGGCCUGGACCUUCGAGACCUCGCCGUGCGGCUAAGUGGCGAAAAGGCGCUCCUGGACCUCGGCGCCCCUAUAUCCAGCCUGGACGGGCAGCGGGUCACCUUGGAGGAGAAGGAGCCUGCCAAGGGGAGAGAUAAACAGAAAGGUGCCGCAGGCAAACACGGUCUAGCUGUAAAUUCCAGCUCCAGAAACCACACGGCGACGGGAGAGGAAAGAGCGCUAGGCAAGUCUAGCUCUAUUAAGAUCAAAGGCGGAAAAAAUGCUAGGGAGCCCCGGCUUUCAAACAGAGAAGAAUCUAUUGCAAAGAUUGGGAAAAAAAAAUAUCAGAAAAUUAAUUUGGACGAAGCGGAGGAGUUUUUCGAGCUUAUCUCCAAGGCUCAGAGCAGCCGAGCUGAUGACCAACGUGGGCUGCUGAGGAAGGAGGACCUGGUACUGCCCGAGUUCCUCCGUCUGCCGCCCGGCUCAGCUGGACCGCCACGCCCUAGCCAUGGCUUCAGCAGGCGACUCGGGAAGAGCCACAGCCAGGACAGUGCCCCGCCGCCCGGCGAGAGGUGGGAGGUCCAGGACCUGGGCCACAGCCCCGCCACCAGCCCCAGCUCCUCUGGCAGCCAGCCCAGAUCCCCCACGGCAGCCACGCCGCCCGGGCCCCAGGCCCCCCGGCCCCCUGCGCUGGAAGGGGCCGUGAAGCUCUGGAGACGGCAGUCGAGGGAGUUGGAGGGCGUGCAGACCCUGGAGGAGGACUCUGUGGCCGACCUGACACUGGUGGGGGAGGGGGACAUCGACAGCCCCAAUAGCACCCUGCUGCCACCACCACCCACCCCGCCGGCCGGCACCCACCAGGCGCCCCCAGCCCCGCUGCCAGAUGCCCAGGACACGUCGGGACCGCAGAGACCAGAGGCAGAACUGCUCAGUCGGCCCCGCCUGUCACCCCUAAGUGUUUCCUGUGUGUGCCCCCCGGCCUUCACUGCAUGGAGCGUCAAUGGCGGCUGGGCUAGAGUUUUGCCCAGGACAGUGGCCACCUCCGAGCGUCCUUCCUACCCCGCGGUCACUGGUGGGCCCAUGUGUCUCGGGCGUCCAGUGCCAUGGUCGGAGCUGGUGGCUUCUCCACGAACCUCGCCAGUGUAUGUUCGUAGCGUGCUAGCGCAUGUGACGUGUUCUAGUGUGAUGGCACGGACUGGGAGGGUCAUCCACUGCCAGUCCCAGUGGCCACGGUUGGAUGACCGGGAGAUGUGGAUGUUCACGGGGGAUGAUCCCAUGAAAGGAGUGGGGAGUGGGGGAGCGUGGCAAAGCAAAACGUGGGGUGCCCCUGCCUACCAGGUGUUGGGCCGGCCAGCUGUCCUCCCCAGUUCUCAGCCCCCUGCAGCCAAUCUGCGUGCACACUGGCACGUCAGGAUGGGCCCAGGGGUUCCCCGGCAUUUCCCUCUCCAUCUGCGGGUGUCCACUGUGCCUGUGGGGGCUCUGUGCACGUCCAGGGAAGGCUUCAGUGACGCUCUGGACGAGGGCUGGCCUCCAAAGGGGCUGUGA